CAGGUUUUCAAAUAAUUUGCUGUAGUCCUUCCAUGCCAAAGUUAUUCUGAAAAACAGUAUCUAUAUAGUUUCAGAGCUGCUGGCAACUUUCAUUUAAAAUAGCUGAGCACGAAUGUCAGAGAGUUUUAGUGAUAUUGUGAACUACGAUCUAGAAAGAACACAUUUCAAACUGUUUUACAGAUCCUCUAAUUAAUGAGAUGGUUUUGUGGUUUAAAAAACAACAUAGAGACAUGGAGUGAGGUACAUGGAAAAAUUUAAGAAGACCCAUGCGAUCAGAAGGGAUUGCGAUAGAAAAACAGUGAAACAAUUUCUACAAGACUGGCGUAUUCUUCAAUAUCUCCGGAGAGAAGUUUUGAUUAACCUGGAUUUUGAGCUAUUAUUUCCUGACAAAGCUCUUAGCUUAUACCUCAGUUGGGAUAAUGUACUUGAAAAAAUUGUUGAACUGAGGGGGAUCAAGGGAUCACACAGUGACUCAGUUGUUAAAGGAAACUUCUUCGAUGUAAGUUUUACCACUCAUCCAAAUCGGUUCAUUAUAUCCAACCAUAUCAACAAAUUCGAGUUUUCAAGAUGGCAGACUUCCUGCACAGCUGAAGCUGUUAAAUUAUUUGAUACCACCAACUGAAAAAGUCAAGGCUGGCCACAAGUGGUUGAAAUUCUCGACACUAGAGGGCCCAGAGGGAAUGCUGGUUCCCGGUGACAUUUACACUAUUGUUGCUAAAAAAGUAAGCGAGGCUGCAGAAAGAAAAGCCACGGUUCAGCCUUAUUUAAUAGUGGUAGGAUCAGAUCUAUCGAACAUAGAAACGAAUUAUAUUGUUACUGACGAUAACGUAGCCUAUAUACAUAUGUACACUCUGAUACAAAAAUAUGUGUAUAAGAUCAAUCUACAUACAGACGAAAUUAUUCCGGAUAUUUAUGUGAGUCCAUUACGUGCGUUGCACGAUUGACGUUGAUUUAAUGUAAUGUGAUGUUUAUAUGAAAAUAAAUAUGUUACAUACAUAAAA